UUAGGUAUGCAGGUUCAGGAAUCAAAAUUUUACUAUAACCCACACAAUAGUACUAGUCACUGUAUUCUGCUAUUACAUUCAAAGCAGAAUGGGUGGUGAAGAAGAAGCUCUGGAGAAGAAACACUACCAACCCAUGGAGGAGCUUGGCCGAGGCAAAUUUGGCACCGUCUUCCGGUGCUUCCACCAGGAAUCAAACAAAUCCUACGCCGUCAAAGUCAUCAACAAGAACCUCCUCACCGGUUCCACAGACCGCCAGUGCCUUGAAAGCGAGUCCAAAUUCAUGACCUUCCUCUCACCGCACCCUAAUAUUCUUCAAAUCUUUGAAACCUUUGAAGACGCCGAUUACCUCUGCAUGGUCCUCGAGCUUUGCGGCCCCCACGCCCUCAUCGACAAGCUUCCAUUGCCGGAGCCGGAGGCAUGCUCCGUCAUGAAGAGCCUUCUGGAAGCGCUGGCGCACUGCCACCGCCUCGGAAUCGCACACCGUGACGUGAAACCGGACAACAUCCUGUUUGAUGAGUCGGGAAACCUUAAGGUUGCGGACUUUGGCUUUGCUGAGUGGUGCGGCGAGGGGAGGAGCAUGAGCGGGGUGGUGGGCACGCCGUAUUACGUGGCGCCGGAGGUGGUGAUGAGGAAGGAGUACACUGAGAAAGUGGAUGUUUGGAGCGCUGGCGUGGUUCUUUACGCAAUGCUGUCCGGAAUUCCGCCGUUUGACGGAGACUCUCCGGAGGAUAUUUUUGCGGCUGUGGCGAGGGCCAAUCUCAGGUUUCCGACGAGUAUUUUCAGCUCUGUUUCGGCACCUGCUAAGGAUCUCCUCAGGAAGAUGAUUUGUCGAGAUCCUUCAAGAAGAAUUUCUGCAGAACAAGCCUUGAGGCAUCCAUGGAUCUUGAGUGGAGGUGUGAUUAAUCAGUGAUCUGCAUGUGUUGAAGAUUGCUGCAGCAAAGUAUCCACCAACAAGUGAUCCCUUGGAUGGUUCUGGAUUUUUAUGUUUCUUUAAUUUCUCAUCACUUCCUUGUAGUUUUUGAUCAAGGAAUUUGUGAUUUGAGUAAACUAUACUAUAAUACGAGUAAAUUUCGUUUGCUCUUUAAAACAGUCUUUUUUCAAUGACUGAUGUAUAGACGAGAUUAUGA